AUGGCUGCACAAGCUCCUCCCGCGCGACGCGGGGCUCUCAUUGUGGUUGAGGGGCUGGACCGCGCGGGCAAGUCCAGUCAGUGCGAAUCUCUACACCAGAAACUACAAGAACUAGGCCAUUCGGUCAAGUACAUUCGCUUCCCAGACCGGACCACUCCCAUUGGAAAGCUCAUCGAUAGCUAUCUACGUGGCCAGUCACAGUUGGACGACCAUUCCAUCCAUCUCCUCUUCUCUGCCAAUCGCUGGGAAAUUGCUCAGGCUAUUGAGGAGGAUAUAGCAGCGGGCAUCACUGUCAUUGUGGACCGCUACUCCUAUUCAGGUGCCGUGUACUCGGCCGCCAAGGCCAAUCCCACCUUGUCCCUGGAGUGGGCUUGGACCCCGGAGAUCGGGCUGCCCCAGCCUGACCUGUGCGUUUUCCUGAGUAUCGCUCCGGACGAAGCGGCCAAGCGCGGUGGCUUCGGUGCCGAACGCUAUGAGAAUGAGACUAUGCAAACCCGGGUGCGGGAACUGUUCCAAACCAUCUUCCGUGUCCAACGCAGCGGUGACAUUCGCGUGAUCGAUGCUGGCAAGUCAUUUGAAGCUGUUUCGGUGGACAUCGAGAAAAGCGUGGUGGACUGCAUAGCUCGCUUGGACGCCAUUGGGCCAUUGAAGCGAUUCGUGUCAAUUGCAGCUUAA